GCUAGGCUGAGCAGUGCCUACGUCGGCCUUGACUCCCCGGGGCUGGAGGAGUUACCUUUGGAGCCUGAAAGGAGGAAGGAAGCAAAAUAUCAACACGGCCGAGGCGGCUCGGGCGCUCGGCCCCUGUCCUCCGCCUGCCCGCCGCCCGCCUGCCCGCCCCCUACACCCACGACGGGGGCCCAGGCUCCCCGGCACCGCCCAGGGCCCGCGUGGACGCCGGCCUCAUUUAUUAUUCCCCCGCCCGGAGCUGCAGCUUCCCGGUGUUGAAGAUCCCCCGGACUAGAAGCAAGGGAUACCCCUUCCCCGCUGUGACACUCCCCUUCCCCCAGCAGGGCCGGAGGCUGUGCAGAAAGUGUCCUGCAGACCAUGAACUGAGCACUGGUCCCAGACCGUUCAUGAACACAGUGUGAGGCGUGCUGAGACCCACCAUCCAGCGAUCCCCUCCCCUCCCUAGCACUGAGGAUCCCCAGAGAAGAUGGGGAGGAAAAAGAUUCAGAUCCAGCGAAUCACCGAUGAGCGGAACCGACAGGUGACAUUCACUAAGCGGAAGUUCGGGCUCAUGAAGAAGGCGUAUGAGCUAAGCGUGCUGUGUGACUGUGAGAUCGCGCUCAUCAUCUUCAACCACUCCAACAAGCUGUUCCAGUACGCCAGCACCGACAUGGACAAGGUGCUCCUCAAGUACACAGAGUACAACGAGCCGCACGAGAGCCGCACCAAUGCUGACAUCAUCGAGACCCUGAGGAAGAAGGGCUUCAACGGCUGCGACAGCCCAGAGCCCGACGGGGAGGACUCGCUGGAACAGAGCCCCCUGCUGGAGGACAAGUACCGGCGCGCCAGUGAGGAGCUCGACGGGCUCUUCCGGCGCUAUGGGUCAGCUGUCCCGGCCCCCAACUUUGCCAUGCCUGUGACAGUGCCCGUGUCCAAUCAGAGCUCACUGCAGUUCAGCAAUCCCAGCGGCUCCCUGGUCACCCCUUCCCUGGUGACGUCAUCCCUCACGGACCCACGGCUCCUGUCCCCCCAGCAGCCAGCACUACAGAGGAACAGUGUGUCUCCUGGCCUGCCCCAGCGCCCAGCCAGUGCAGGGGCCAUGCUGGGGGGCGACCUCAGCAGUGCUAACGGAGCCUGCCCCAGCCCUGUCGGGAAUGGCUACGUCAGUGCUCGGGCUUCUCCUGGCCUCCUCCCUGUGGCCAAUGGCAACAGCUUAAACAAGGUCAUCCCUGCCAAGUCUCCACCUCCACCUACCCACAGCACCCAGCUUGGAGCCCCCAGCCGCAAGCCCGACCUCAGGGUCAUCACUUCCCAGGGAGGAAAGGGGUUAAUGCACCACUUGACUGAGGACCAUUUAGAUCUGAACAACGCCCAGCGCCUUGGGGUCUCCCAGUCUACCCACUCACUCACCACCCCAGUGGUUUCCGUGGCAACACCGAGUUUACUCAGCCAGGGCCUUCCCUUCUCUUCCAUGCCCACUGCCUACAACACAGAUUACCAGUUGACCAGUGCGGAGCUCUCCUCCUUACCAGCCUUCAGUUCACCUGGGGGGCUGUCACUAGGCAAUGUCACCGCCUGGCAGCAGCCGCCACAGCCCCAGCAGCCUCCACAGCCGCAACCUCCACAGCCCCAGCCCCAGCCGCAGCCGCAGCCGCAACCGCAGCAGCAGCAGCAGCAGCAGCAGCAGCAGCAGCAGCAGCAGCAACCACCGCCACAGCAGCAGCCCCACCUGGUCCCUGUGUCUCUCAGCAACCUGAUCCCUGGCAGCCCUCUGCCCCAUGUGGGUGCUGCCCUCACGGUUACCACCCAUCCACACAUCAGCAUCAAGUCGGAACCUGUGUCCCCAAGCCGUGAGCGCAGCCCUGCGCCUCCCCCUCCAGCUGUGUUCCCAGCUACCCGCCCUGAGCCUGGUGACAGUCUCAGCAGCCCAGCUGGGGGCUCCUAUGAGACAGGGGACCGGGAUGACGCACGGGCGGACUUCGGGCCCACACUGGGCCUGCUGCGCCCAGCCCCAGAGCCCGAGGCCGAGGGCUCAGCGGUGAAGAGGAUGCGGCUCGACACCUGGACCUUAAAGUGACGAUCCCCACUCCCCUCCUCUCAGCCUCCCUGAUGAAGAGUUGACAAUCUCACCGCCCACCCCCCUGUCCUGGGCUCCUCCCGCUCGACCCCCACUUCCUUUCUUGUGCUCCGUGUCCUGUUGACGGUUACAUUUGUGUAUAAUUAUUAUUAUAUUAUUAUUAAUAUUAUAUUUUUUUUAAUUUGGAUUCUCACUUUGGAGAGGGGAUGCUCUCAUUCCCUCUUUCUGCACCCCCGCCAUUUUCACUGGCUGUGGGAGCUCUUUUUUGCGGGAAGUAGGGGGGACACUUUGCACGUUGUACACAUAUGCUGCAGGAGGGGGUGGGGCCAACGGGCCUUUGGGAAAGGACAGGUGCCGAGCCCUGCAUGCAGAGCCCUCCCACCCCAUCCCCCAGAUAGAGGGAAAUAACCAAAAAAACUACCAAACAACAAAACCCCAAAGUUGGCUUGGUGGUGGGUUUGUGUUUCGGGGAAAAUGAGUCAGAGGCUGUGCAAAGGGUUUCUGCUUCUGGGCUGUUUCUGUGGGGCAGAAUGCCCACGCCUGGCCCCCAUGUGCCCCUGCACACACACGACACUCUCUCACUGAUUCUUGUGUGAGCCGCACCUCUGGGGUGUGGGGGUGCGGGCCGAGCUUUUGGUCUGGGAAGGCUGCCUGGGAAUCUGAGGCUGGGGAUAGGUUUUGAGGUAGGGCCCCUGUGAAGCACAUUUGGAGAGAGAGAGAGCCACGAGGAGAGGGCUGAGGAGGGACAGAAGGCCGGGGCUAGGGGUGAGUCAGUGUCCCUUCCCUUUCCCAGCAUUUUCUCUAAGAUACACAGUGCAAUAGCUCCCUGUCCCUCAGUUGACACCAGCCCUGUAAAGCUGGCCACAAAGCACAGGGAGAACUGGGGAGAGGAACUUGAGCGAGGUGGCUCAGUGGGAGCAGGCCUUGGUCACCCCGGGGUGCCUGAGGACUGGGACCCUUGCAUCCACGGGCAGGUGUGAGUGAGGGGACUUGCUCUUCCUUGCACGUACACAUCCCCAGGGGAGUGGUUGUUGGGGUUAGGGUUGUGAGGACGGGAGAGGGGACCGGGAGGUUUGCAGGAGGCCGACCUCCCUUCUUUCCUCCCUGGCCCCUCUCACCGGUCCUCUCCCUGCUCUUUCCACUCCCGAACAGCUGUGGACCCCACCUUCCUGCUCUUGGCACCCUCAUUGUCUGGCUACCUCCUGUCCCACCACCCCCAGGCCGCAUCCUACCUUCCCUCUUGGCUACUGUAAUUGUAAAUAGCAACCUUUGGAAAACGUUAGCAGUGUAACAGUCCAGGAACUGUUUUUUGUUGUUGUUGUUGUUGUUGUUGUAUUGAUAUGAAAUGAGAUUCUAUUUUUGUCAAAGUAUAUUGUAAUAAUAAUGAUUCAAACGCCCGUACUGUACAGAUGAGGUUCUUCUGCUGUUGUUCUUGCUCCUCUCCUCCCCCCAGCCUGCCCCUCUCUGCUGCCUCCCCAGAUCCUGAGACCUCAGGCUGGAUGUCAGAUCAGACUGGAGGGUGCAGGCCCCUAGCCCGUGAUCCACACCACCCGCCACCUUAGGGUGCAUGGGCAGGCAGACUGGGGUCUUGUCCCACUGCUUCACGUAAGCCCACCCCUCUGCCCACAGGGUGCAGCACUCCUUUGGGGUUUCACCUCGGUGGGCUGAAAGCAGAGGAGACAAGGCAUAGUUUUGUGCCAGGUGACUGUCUUUGCCCAUCUCUAUGACCCAGCCACUAGCAGUAUUCCAACAUGAGGCAGGGAAGAAACCAGAAGCAGAGGGAGGCAUGUGGCUGCACAGGCACCCAGUGCACUCAUGAAGAUGUUUGGUAUUCGUAUGUCCCAGUGUCCCUUUGUAUUUGUGUGCAUGGUCGUGUGGGUCCCUGAGCCCAUCUGGGCAUACAUAUGAGUCUGUGGGCGAAUUGAGCUCUGAGGGUGUCUGUUUGUGUGCAUGUGAGCAUGUGCCUGGGUAUGUGUUUACAGAGGGACAGGUGGCUGUUGCAGCCACACAGCCCUGGCCUCCAGCUCCAUGACCCUCCUCCCUGAGUUCCACUCCCUUAUGCCCUGCUCCUUCACCUGUUCUCACCCUCAGCUCUGAUGUUUUUGCCCUUCAGUUCGAAGGGUUCUAGCAGUUCACCCUCUUUGCUUCUCCCUGCAGCCCUGCCUCUCCCAGGCUCCACACACAAUUGUAUACCCAGAACCCACACCUGUACACAUAACCCCUUGUCCAGAAUACCCUCUUCCCCUCACCCCAGGCCUGCUUUCAGGGGGACAGUCAAGUUCCUCUUCCUCCCUAAACCUUUUUCCUCACCUGAUCAGUGAACCAUCCUUACUCACACCUUAACCCCCACCUCAAAGCCUGUUCAGUCUUCCUGCAGGUUCCUAGAGGGAGUUUCAAGAAUUGCUGAGGCUUAAUCAGGGCCAUGAAAGACAGGACGUAGUCCUAUGUGUGUGCAUCCCCAGAGCCUUGUCCGGUGCCUGGCACAUAGUUGGCACUCAGUUAAAUGCUAAACGGGUGAGUGGUUGAAUGAUAGGUGCUCAAUAAAUAUUGAAUGACUGGCCUUCCCUUGUCAGGCUAUUCCCGCCAUCAGUCUGUCCACCCUUCUAGGCUGGGCUUGGCCACCAUUAAACAUGGGGUGCGGGUGAGGGCCCUUGCAAUUCACGGUGCAAUAUUUACCAGUUUUGCCCUCUGCCUUUAGCGGCAAACCUGGCUUUUGAUUACCAUGUGUGGAUGUGUGUGUAUCCUUUCUUCUCUAUCUCUAGGGGCAGGGGGUGGUCUGUUGGUGAAUAUGUGACUUUUCUGCAAUUCGGUAUCCCCAAGAUUUCUCUUGGGGAUAGGGGCUCCUGGCCGGCCAGAUGAAGGGUCCCUGGGAAUCCAGACCUCAAAUGUGGACUUCAUUUCUUCCUCCUCUCACAAGCCAAAUUUGCCUCCUCCCACUCCUUCCUCCAAAUAACUGGGCAUUUGCCAAAGUAAUCACUGGAGUCAUCCAAUGUCUCUCUCCUCCCCAGGUUUCCCACAGCUUUCAGGGACAGUGGGCAAGAGGACCCCCACCCACCCCAGCUGAAUACACCGUUCCCCUUCCCCCAGCAGUGCACUCAAUGCAGCGAGACUGACCCCUGACCCUUACCCAGCCCUCCCCAUCUUGGACAGGAAGGAAAUAAUGCACCUUCUCUUAAUGAUUAUUUAUUUGUUUGGAGAAACAGAAAUGAUGUAAAAGUGUAUCUAGAAAUAUCUAUAUCUAUAUAUUUUUAACUGAUUCUUUGCAAUCCCCUGGGGUUGGGUGGGAGGUGAAUUUAGGCUUUCAUGGAGGAGAGGAGACAUGGAGCCUGGGAACUCCUCUGUUCUCCCCUCUGCCACCUCUCUCCACCCCCUAAACAGUUGAUAUAAGAAAUGGGAUUUGUACUGGGGGAGGGGCGCUGGAAUGUUUUAUGGAGAAUCUGGAUUCUCUCUGUCUUCCCCAUUCAAGUCCCAGAGGGAGGAAGGGGACAGGCCAUGGAGGUGCCCCGCCCCCAAGCCCGACAAUCACCCACACUCCUCCUGGGGUUCCUCCUGGGUCCUGGGCAGGGCGAGUCCAAGUGUGUGGCUGUUGAUUUGUUUUCAAUAUUUCUUUUCGUGCUGUAUGGUGAUGCUUUCUUAGUAUUCUACACAAUAAGAAAAGACAAAGUCCUCGAUAUUCUUAUGAGUUUUGUUUGAAAACUCUUUCACUAUAUUUGUUGUAAAGAGGUUUACUAUUAAAAGAAAAAGAAUACACGUUUCUGAUACUUUGGCUUGGGUUC